AGUGAUUUCACAAAUCAAUUCACAGCACAAUUGAAAUGCCAUUGAAAGCGCUUUCGGGACGAUUGCGGCCACUAUUGGCCACUCGUUGGUCAUCGGGAGCGGCACCCAAGCGUUGGUCUCAUCACGAAGAGACCUUUAAGGGACAGAAUCUUCCCUUUGACAUCAGUAAUCACCGCUUGUUUGCCAUCAAGUAUACCAUAUUCAUGGCCACCCCGUGGGCCGUGCCCUUCAUUAUCGUCAGGUAUCACCUGAAGAAGGCCGCCGGCAAGUGAGCACAUCCAGCGAACACAUCCAAUGAACACAUCCAGUCGUACCACCGAUGGACUCAAACCAAC